AUGACGGACUUCAUCUACCCUCCAGUCAGAGUGGACGUCAAAGUGACAGGAAUUGGUGGAGCAGGAUCAGCGACAUACAAGGGCACAGUCAAGUGGGAGAUACAAGACGACACAAGAGUGUCGCACUCAUGGAUCAUACCCGACACCUACUAUCACGAGCACUCGCCAUACAGGUUGCUGUCACCACAGCAUUGGGCACAAGCCCGUCAAGAGGGAAAUGGAACAGUAUGCAUCACGUACCAUGACGCUGUUAAGCGGUUCUGGCAGGACUGUCGAUAUGUCAAGACAGUGAUACUUGACGGAGCAACGAAUAUAGCGCUCAUAAGAUCAAAGCCGUCAUAUGAUCGAUUUAAUGCAUUCUGCACGGCCAUAUCGGACACCGACGAGUGCAGAAUCCUGGACGAAACAGAACUAAUGUCGAUGCCGGCGGCGCAACUAGUGUCAGACGACGAGGAGCUCGCGGACGAUGACAUCUCAGAAGCUAGUGAAAGCAUCAGAGAAAGACGACCCCCGGACCUGCCGGAUGUUCUCUUUGAUGAGCUCGAACACGACGAUGAAUUCCGCAAUAAUGCAAAUACCAAUCCAGCUCGACCAAUCUACAGUGUUGUGCCAGAGGAUGAGGAAGUCCAGCAACAAACCCCACAAGCUCAAUUCCUUGCGCUUCACUACAAGCACGCGCACUUGUUGCCUGAGAAGAUGCAAGCACUAGCAAGGAGAGGCAACCAGGAAGGCAUGGAGAACGAAGGCACCAAUCAACUCAUUCUCCACACCUAUCCCUGA